UGAAAGCGCCAGAAGAUGAUUGCUGGGAGGGAGAGAGAUCGACCCCACCAGAACCACUUCAAAUGUAGACGAAGAGAAAGAGAAGAGUGUGGUAGUGUGGAGGGAAACAGAAACAGUGUGUGCGUGUGUAAAGAAGGACAUCUAAUGUCUGGCUUUGCUAACGACCAAAAUAAAAUUAUUGUUCGAUUAUGUUUCAAUCAAUAUUCAGAAAUUCAAUCAAUACAGUAAUAACAUUGUUCCAGACAUGAACAUACCGGUCCAAGUGGUAGCAAAAUGCUGCAAAACAUGUUUGAGAGUGAGUGAAACUUGUGUUUGAACGUUGUCUACAUCAGAGCGGCUCAACCUAAAAAGUGCAGUGACAGUGAACUAAAUAGAAAUGGGUGACAGAGUUUAUGCAGCAGAAAGAAUUAUGAAGAAGCGGCACAGAAAAGGCCGAGGAGUAGAAUAUUUCGUAAAAUGGAAAGGAUGGAGCACAAAACACAGCACGUGGGAACCAGAGGAAAAUAUCCUAGAUGCUAGACUGAUUGAUAUUUUUGAGCAAAGGGAACAAUCUGGCAAUACAUCAGCGAAGAGAGGGCCAAAGAAGAAGAAUCAACAAGCAGCGAUCGAGAGAGCAAAAGCUGAGGAGGCUCGGGAUGCGACGGAAACCGACGGAGAGAGCACUCAGGAUGAGAGUGAACCGGCUGACAAGUCCACACCUCAACCGGCUGCCCCCUCCUCGGAGGCGGCCACAAAUCACAGGGAAGAAUCGGUGGCAGUUGCAAGCGACCCAAAACCAACCAGCACCACUCUACCAUCCACCUCCACCUCCAAUUCCACCUCGCCAUCCACCCAACAGCCGACAGACGGCGCGGACAGGGUGAACGCGCCGGCAGAUGUGAAGAAGGAGGAGGCAGGAGGAGGAACAGGAGUGGUGAAGGUGGAGGAGAGCGGUGUGGAGGAGAAGGUAGCCAGUAGGAAGGAGACAGUGGGGACGAAACGGAAGGCUGAGGUGUUGUCCAAGGAGUCGGGCAAGAUUGGGGUCACCAUCACUACCAGCAGCCCACCGCACACCGCUACCAAAAUUCCAAGGCUUGGGUCGCCGGCGCCUGUGGGUGUUUCCAGCAAGCUACCCAACCGACGCGUUUCCGCUUCCAGUCCAAGACAUUCCUCUGACGAGAAGCCACCUCUCUCCGUGUGCACCACUUCCACAACGACGAGCACUUCACAGUCACCGGGUGUCUCCCCUCGGCCACCUGCCGCCACUGUCAAGACACCGCCAGCACCCGCCUCCAAGGACCAAGCCGGCAAGAUGUGCUCGUCGACCCCUGCACCCAGGAAGUCGAACGCUGGCAUGCAGACAGCCUUCGACAAGAAGAUGUCAUCACCGAUUUUGUCGCCUGUCAACUCUACGCAACAGUCUGCGCAGCAGGUAAGCGGUGGCACAGCAGCUGCCAGCUCUCCGACUCCGGUCCGCGCCGAAGAACCGCCGCCAACGGUCGGCGUCAAGGUGGCAGGCGACAAAGUGGCAGACGACAAGCCGCUGGUGAACGGGCACGCGGCGACAAAGCGGGACCAAACAAUGCAUCCCCCUCCCCCGCCGCCGCUCGUCAUCAGCCACGUGCUCACCAAUCCCGGGCCUGAUUACUGGCGCACCCGGAACCCCGUCGCAAACGAGAUUGUUAUCACUGAUGUCACCGUCAACUUGAGUACGGUAACAAUACGCGAGUGCAAGACCGAAAAGGGCUUCUUCAAGGAUAGGCCCGACGGCACUAUGGGGCCACAAUCCAGUGAUAUUAAGUAAUAUGUGUUGCGAUGUAAAAUAGAAGCUGGUUUCUAGAGUCCAGUGAUAUCAAAUAGUGUGUUUUGGGAGAGUAAUUUGGAUGAAAUAGAAGGUGGUUUUUCGAGUUUAUGUGUUGUACCGUAUGAUCAAAAUGAUCCUACAAGAUUGUGAGAAGUUGUGUGUUUUAAGAGUGAAAUGCCCCUGAAAACAAUAUUGUAGGUUUUAUGGAUUUCAAUUUUCAAUUCAUUUUAUUAGGAAUUGUAUUGCAAAUUAAUCUUUGAUUGGAAUUUAAGAAUUUAAAUUUUUCAAUUUGUAAGAUGAAAAAACCUAACAAUUAUUUAAAUUUAAAAAGUUUCAUUAAACUUUAAUGAAAUAACUUCCAAUUGAUUUGGAGUUUUUACAACUCUUGCAGUUAAUUUAUUAAAUUAUUCAUUUUUUCAAUUUCUUGAAAUUAAGAAAUUUAUGAUUAAUUUACUUGAGAAAUACUCUGAUUUAUACAUUCAACUGAGUUCAUUAACUUUCAAUUGCAAUAGUUGACAAUAGUUAUUCAUGUAAGAUACCAACAUGCAUUACCUAAUGUUUACAAACUGUAAAUUAGAUUCAACGUUUACAAUUACAAACAAUUGUAUAGAAUACAACAUUUGAGAUGAUUAAUAAUUCGUUUUUAUUAAUUUUUUUAUCCAAUACAAAUCUAUUGCUUCACUUCUCAAAUACAAUGAUUUAAGAAUGUGUAGAAUGGUUGAGUUAAUGAGUUCUGAUUCACAUGAACACUGAUGAUACGUAACACAUAUAAACUUUGGAACGACCACUAUAAUCUUGAAAAGGAUAUCACGGAUUGUGAAGAGCACAAAAUUUGAUAUGAACUUUGGAGUGAUUGAAUGUUGUUGAAACUUGUGAUAUCUGAUUGUUUGAUGUUUUGGUGAUUUUCGAAAAGUUCGCUAGUGGACAGCAAGUUAACGACUUGGAAUAAAAGAUUUCUAUUGAUUUAAUUCAAUCAAUGUAUAGCAGAGCUUGUAAAACUUUGUGAAUUUAAACUCUGAUUCUAGAAUUUUGAAAUUGCCUUUUCUGGGUUCUACACCAUCAAUUUAUUUAUUUAUUGAUCCCUAUAAAUAAGAAACAAGAUUCUUUAUAGCGAGCUGUAUUAAGUGUUAUAGAUACAAUCAAUCUCAUUACUGUUUUGUACUAGAAGAGAACUUCAAGAGACUAAAAAUGACAGUCUAAGAAGUAGCCUACUAUGUAAAUAUUGUAAAAAUGUAUACUUUAAUACUUAUUAUUGUAUUCUUAUUUUAAUAAUUGAUCAGUGCGGAUGUUCUAGUAGCCUAGUGCAGGACUAUUUCUGUCAUUUGCAAGAUAUUAAUGUUUUUGACUAAAAGUGUUUGAGAAAAAGUGUUUUGACUAUGAAUGAAGAAAAUCGUUUAUUUUGAACUAGUUAUUUUCAUACAUUAUUAUAAACACGCUAGUUUUAAUAACAAUAUGAGAUCAAUAUAUUGUAUUAAGAGCAUUACAUGUUGGUUACUGUAUUGUCCCAUUUCUGUGUCAAGUUCUUAUUCUCCAGCAUCUGUCAUAUUUCUAGCUGGCGUAAAAAUGUUUUUCUAGAAAAUAUUUAUUUUAUUUCAUUAUCAUGAGCUUUAUAAAUUUUAUUUUAGCAUUUUGGUCAAUCAGUGUAAUUAAUGUUUGAUACUUUAUUAACUUACUCAAGUUUUUUUUUUUUUAAGUUUGUGGAGUAAACUGUAGUUAUGUAUCACAUGAUUAUUUUGCUCAUGACCAUGAAAUAUGUCGAUGGACUUUAGAGAGUAUGGGUGUUUGUAGUCGAUAAAAAUUGUACAUUUUAUUGGAAAUAUUUUGUUUUACACUUGAACAAUUCGUCGACUCUUUGGAACAAAACGAAAAAAAAACAGAAGCUUACAACUCCAUUCUAAUAUUGCUAUUUAUCCAAAUGCUAAUUGAGUUGAAGUUGUACUAAUAAAAUACUUUCAAUAGUGUAAAUUAAGCCCUGCUGUUUUUCAUGCGUAAAUAUUGAAGUAUAAAAAUAUUAUAGCAGGCAAGAUUACCAAAAUAUUGUAAAUAUACAAAAUGUACUUGUAUAAAUUAACUGUGUAUUACUAUAGUAAUACACAUAAAUUGUCUAAAUCUAAAAAUGUGUUUAAAUGUAAAGAAAAUGUUUAACAUUUUUGUAAGAAAUUGUAAGCUCAGCUAGCAUUGUUGAAAAUGAUUUUAGAAUGAGGUUCACUAUUAUGUUUGGAUUGAAUUCAAAAUUUAUUAUGUUCCAUGCACAUAGGAUUCUACUAUUUAUUUAUAACUAUUUUUGUGAGAAUUCUUGCUAAGUUUUAGCAAGUUUGAAAAAUUAUUGAAUUAACUGAUAUUUCAAUGUGAGUUUUCUGCUUGUAAGUUCUCAAAUUUUCUUGAAAUUAUUUAUGAAAUUGAUGUUUCUAAUUUAGCCAGGACCAAGUAUUCAGUUUAUUAGUAGCCUAAGUCUUGAUUUGGAUUUUUUGAAUAAUUAUGCUAUGACACAUGAAAAUAAUUUGGAGCGACUUAUGCUUAUUAGUUUAUAAAAUUGUUUUAUUUAAUAGUUCUUUCACAUGAGUAAAUAUUAUUGUUUCUAUUUUAUGUGUUCAAUUAUUAAGAAGAUCAUCGAAUGGAUUUUGGAUGUUUCGUUUAGUUUAAGAUGCUACAUAUCUUUGUUUAUUUUUAUUUCAUCUUGAAUAUUAUGUCGUAAAUCGUAUUAUUCACUAUCUUCAAAUGGUUAGAUUCAGGAUGAUUUUUGUUAUUGAAGUAUUAAUAAAAAAAUAUUUUUGUGUCCCCUCUUCUAUUAUAGGGCUGUGAUAUGGUAGAUCGUCAUGCCAUGUUGAGGCAACCUUUCAAAUGAAUCAGAGAAUAAAUAAUCUAUUCAAAUCAAUAAUAAUUUUAAUUCUUUACCGAAAAACCAAUAAUUGAUGAAAAUCUAUUUUGUUUAUUCUCUGAUUCCCUAUCCUUGACUCAACCUGGCCUCUACAGAUCUAUAACAGUGUAAAAUGUACAUAAAAUGUGUCCCGUAAAAUAAUUACAAUAAUUUAAAGUAGCUUCAGACUUUUGCCUAAGAUUUAAUUUAGUUUUGGUCACAUUUUUGAACACUUUCGCACAAUUAUUAUAUUUAAAUAAUUAAUGAGUCAUCAAAUAGUUUGGAGCGUUUAUUCUUGCUUAUAGAAGUAUGUUGUGUUAUGAAAAUUGCCAUUUUUUAUUAUUUAGACCUAUCAUUCCAAACCAAUCUUUGAAAAGAAAAUUGUAUUAUAUUAUAGUUGAAGUUUGUUUCUCAGAAUAAAAAGCUUCUACUUGGUUUAA